CAACAACGAGCUGGUUCGGACAGCCGUAUCCGUUAGAUCCCGGAAUCGUAUCAUAUCUUAGGCAAAAGGAAUUAAUACUGAACUAUUAUCAAUCGCCGGGCGCCACAAAAUGUCGAACAAUUGUCUCAUCACGUUCGAUCGAAAUGAACAUGGGACUUAUUUUACAGGCCAGGUCGUAACCGGCAAGGUGCAAGUUAAUUUUAAUAAAACCAAAAAACUUCGAGGAAUUAAACUACAGAUCUGCGGCUAUGCCUGUGCACAAUGGCGUAGAAAACAUGGCAAGGCGGUGGCCACAAGCCAGGCGAACUUUAAGCCGGGUCGCAAGCACUUCUUCACUGGCCGAGAGGAUUACAUAGCGUCGACGACAUUUCUGAUGGGCUCGGAUCAGGGACAGACGUUCAGUAUCGAUGCUGGAACCUAUACAUACACGUUUGCCUGCCCCAUACCUAAUCAUUGUCCGUCCUCGUAUGAGGGCAUUUACGGACAUAUACGUUACCUGGCCAAGGUUAUAUUUAUACGUGCCGGAGCCUCCAAUCGCACUACGAACGUGGGCUUUACGGUGCUCAAGUUGCUCGAUCUGAACCAGGAGAACAAAAUAUUACGCGAACCGGCCAGUAGCGAGGCCAUGGAAUAUUUCUGCUUUAUGCACACGAAGCCAGUUCAUAUGAAGGUGACGCUGCAGCAGCAGGGAUUUGUGCCUGGUCAGUUUAUGCUCAUCCAUGCCGAUGUGCGCAAUGACUCCAGUGUCGACUGCUCCAAGCUGAUGAUCAUGCUCUAUUUGCGAGCCACCUACACAGCUGAUAUGCCCGCUGUCAGUACGGUGUCCGAGAAAAUACUGCUGGCCAAGCGUGAGGGUGGCCCUGUGGUCCAUCAUACCCAAAAGUCUUACACAGAGUCCUUCCGGAUUCCGGCCACUGCACCCACAUGUGAGCAUCUCAGCAAAGUGGUUCGUGUCUCCUACGAGGUGCGUAUUGUGGCCAUGAUGAACUGGAUAAUGCCCAAUCCAAAGGUCGUCAUACCCAUCACCAUUGGCAAUGUGCCUCUGGUUACCGUUGGAUCAGCUGCCACUCCCGUCUGUGCCCCUCUCCCCAGCGAAUUGCCGAGCACCUCCGCCAGAGCCAUGCAAUUAGCUGCCGGCGUGAACAACGCUGGCUACGAGCAAACAGAGGAGCUGGAGGACUACGAGCUGCCCGAAGACGGUGAUGAUGAGUUUGAAAUCGAGGACAAUAUAGCACCAGAGCUACCACCUCCGACCUACGAGCAGGCCAUGUUCAUGACCGCUGACAUCGCGGAUACGGAUGCCAACACCGUCAGUGAGGCAGCUCGCUUCACUCCACGUUAUCCCGUCUUCGAUGUGGAUACUUUCCAAAGCCCGCCACCGAAUCCCCCACCGAAGAAAAGAAAUCGUCGCCGUCGCCGAGCCGAACAACGUAAUGAGAAAAAGCAGCCGAUGAACGACCAGAAUAGAGAACAGGAGAGAGAGCCAGUGGAAUCGCCAGUGGAGAUUUAAGAACUUAUCAGCAAGUCAUAUCUUAUCUUUACAGUAUUUAUAUUAUUCAGUAGAGACUUGUGUUAUGCCAUGAGUGCAAGUAUACGCUAUUGUUUACAAAAUGUCGCAAACAAGAUAUUUAAUAAAUAAACAAGCCCAUUAAAGCAUCCUUAAUCAAA